GCAAAUUGCCAGAAAAAAAAGAAGAAGAAGAGGCACGAAGAAGAAGAAGAGGGAAGAAGAAAAAAAAGCAAAAAGAGCCACUGUCAACACUGGGAGUUUUCAUUGAUAAAAUGAGACAUUGUGGAUAAAUGACAUGUAAAGAUACUGCCACCUUUGCUAUUGUGGAGCAGAGAGAAUAAUCAGGAAAAGGAGAUGGAAAGGAUUACUGCUCUCCACUUGUCAUUGGACACUGCGUUUAUACUCUCAGAAAGAGACUGAGUGGAAGUGAAAGGUAACCUCUGGUGAACAAGAGAGACAAAGAGAACAUCCAAAGCUACAAACUGUACUUUAUAAAGCAAAGGAAAUGGCUUUCUUGGACAAUCCAGCUAUUAUUCUGGCACACAUCAGGCAGUCUCAUGUGACCAGUGAUGACACAGGAAUGUGUGAGAUGGUACUAAUAGACCAGGAUGUGGAUCUGGAGAAGUGCCAGCUGGCUCUGGUGCCCGGCAGCAGCAGCUGUGGGUCAACAGGCUCCCUGAGUGAAGGGGGCAGCAGUGUGACAGACGGUCAUGCCUGUGACCUCUCCCAGUCCAUGGACAUCACUUCUAGUUGGGACUUUGGCAUCCGACGCCGUUCCAACACAGCCCAAAGACUGGAAAGACUAAGGAAGGAACGACAGAACCAAAUCAAAUGUAAAAACAUCCAGUGGAAAGAGAGGACAUCCUCCCAAUCCGUUGAGGAUCUGGGGUCUUUGUUUGAAAAGCGGGACUUUAAAGACAGGCUGCGGACAACAGGUACCAAAUCCACCCUUUCACUGCGGCUGGAGCAGUGUCCCCAGCAGCUUAACAACCCAUUCAAUGAAUACUCCAAAUUUGAUGGCAAAGGUCACAUUGGCACAACAGCCACAAAAAAAAUCGACGUCUACCUUUCAAUGCAGAUGGCUCAGGAAAAAGUACAUCCGAUGACAGUGGUGACCAUUGCUAAUGCCCGCGUCCAUGACCUUAUCGGGCUCAUCUGUUGGCAGUACACAAGUGAAGGAAGAGAACCCAAACUGAACGAUAAUGUGAAUGCAUAUUGUCUCCACAUUGCGGAGGAUGAUGGUGAGGUGGACACUGACUUCCCUCCACUUGACUCCAAUGAGCCAAUCCACAAGUUUGGUUUCAGCACUCUGGCCUUGGUGGAGAAAUACUCUUCACCUGGCCUCACUUCCAGGCAGUCUCUUUUUGUCAGAAUAAAUGCAGCUCAUGGUUUCUCUCUAAUCCCUGUGGACAGUCUGAAGGUAACCAUGAAGGAAAUUCUCCAGAAAGCACUCAAGAAAAGAAAAGGCUCACAGAAAGGCUCAGGGCCCAUGUAUCGUCUGGAGAAGCAGACAGAGCCGAACGUUGCAGUAGACCUGGACUCGACACUGGAGAGCCAGAACACCAUGGAGUUUUGCCUGGUCAGAGAAAACAGCUCCAGGGGAGAGGAGAGCUCAGAGGAAGACCCUCCUAUUGACCUCACCACAGUCCAAGACAUGUUGAGCAGUCACCAUUAUAAGUCCUUCAAAAUCAGUAUGAUCCACAAGUUGCGCUUCACCACAGAUGUUCAGCUAGGCAUUUCAGGAGAGAAGGUCGAGAUUGAUCCUGUCACCAAUCAGAAGGCCAGUACUAAGUUCUGGAUUCGGCAGAAACCCAUCUCUAUCGACUCAGACCACCUUUGUGCCUGUGACCUUGUAGAGGAGAGAAGCCCCAGCCAUGCAAUAUUUAAGCUCACUUAUCUCAGCAGCCAUGACUACAAGCCUCUCUACUUUGAGUCUGAUGCUGCGACUGUGAAUGAAAUAGUGCUAAAGGUGAAUUAUAUCUUGGAGUCCCGGACCAGCACCUCUAGGGCUGACUACUUUGCCCAGAAGCAGCGGAAACUGAACCGCCGGACCAGCUUCAGUUUCCAGAAAGAGAAGAAGGCCGGCCAGUAGACAGACUUGAGCUGUCUGUCAGUAUAUGCACCGACAGAUGCAUAAACGAGGACUGACUGUCUCAUAUACAGACAACUUCAGGCUAAACAGAAGUCAGAAAUGACAAGGAAGUCCAGUCGGAGAAGAUAAGAGCAGGAGAGCAAUGGGCACAAGACGGACUAGGGAAAUGGGUCUAUGCUUCAGCUGAGCAAGGUAGACAUCUCUGAAAGACCACGAGUAAAGAGUUGAGCAAAAACAGACUAAUUACUUUUCUAAUAAAGAAAAAGACUGAAGAACGUGGGAGUGUUUUGGCUGUCGUGUUGCAGUCAGUUUUUCUUUAGCUUAUUCACUGCCUCUGUAUUAAAGUUCUAUCCUCCUGGAUGGAUUUAUCCAGUGUCUAUAUGAUGUUUGUGUGCGCGCAACAAAUAAAUCAAAGGCACUUGUUAAAUGAUUCUCUCUAUAUU